AAAAAAAAGGGAUUCAAGAAUCAAAUCCCUAGCUUUGAGUCCGAGAGAGAGAGAGAGAGAGAGAGAGAGCGACUGAGUUCACCAGCGGCGAGGAACCUCGCGGCCCCUGCUCUCUGUGCACAUUACAAAGCCAAGCCUGAGAGGCCAACAAAAGCGACGAUCUUACAUGAGAAUUGAGACUCUUUGAUGGCCGAAUCGAAGACAAAAUCCCAGAAACGCUCUCCCAAAAAAGACACAUGGGUCGAUAGGAUCAGCGAUCUACCAGAAUCUCUUAUUUGCCACAUCCUUUCAUUUCUUCCAAUUCAAGAGGUAGUAGCCACAAGCAUUUUGUCAAGCAGAUGGCAACACCUUUGGACUCUCUUCUCGAGACUCGACCUCGACAGUAAAACAAUCGGCGAUUCAUUGUCAUGCGGCCAAGUUCGGUGCAAACCCUUCAGCUUUGGACACAUUGUGUCCACACUUUUGACUCUACACAGAGCACCUUACCUACGAACUCUUCGCCUCAAAUGCUUCUUGUGUCGUAACUGUUCUCGUCUUGAUAAAUGGAUUGGCAAUGUCGUUGAGCGUAAUUUGGAAGAACUUGAUCUCCAGAUUUAUGGUGAUUUUUUGUUUUGGAAAUUGCCUCAGAGCAUUUUCUCUUGCAAGACGUUAGUAGUUUUGAAUUUAUAUGGCGCAAUUGUGCUUGAUCCUCCUCCAUCAUUUCAAUUCCCAAUCCUAAAGAUACUCCGUCUUGUACAUAUUGUUUAUAGACCUGACUCUGUUUUUAGGCUCCUCUCUGGCUGCCCGGUUCUCGAAGAUUUGUCAUUUCAAAGACAAGCUUUGAAGGCUGUGUUCAAACAUAAAAUAUGUGCUUCUACUUUGAAACGUUUAAGUAUAACUUUUGGCCAACAUGACUUCGAUGGAUCUGCUUUUGGUUCUCUUGAUUACAAACUGGAGAUAAACGCCCCAGCUCUGGAGUACUUUAAGUUUGAAGGUCAUCUGCGUGACAUUGUUUUCCUUCACAAACUAGACAGCUUAGUUCAGGCUGAUGUUUAUAUUAGUAGUUUUGAGGCUCCUACAUUUGGGAUAGAUUGGCAUUGGGAUUGGGAAGAUGAUAGACAUCGCGAUAAAUGUUGUGCAGAUAGGGUAUUCAACUUUCUUGCCGCACUCUAUAAUGUCAAACUCCUCUCAUUUUCCUCUAGUAGCUUACAGUGUCUCAGCUAUGGUUCUGCUUGCCUUUCCCAGUUCCAAAAUUUGGUCCAAUUGGACUUCAAAGUGUAUGCUUGGACAUGGCACAUGCUACAAGCCUUGCUCCAAAAUGCUCCUAAUCUAGAAGUUCUUUUUGUUACUCAUAAGAGUCAUGGUUACCUUAAACACAAAGUAUGCUGGAAGGAGCCACCAGAUGAUCCUAAUAAUUUGACAUCUUGCCUUACUAGUUUCUGGUAUAAAGGAUUUGGUUUCAAACAUGAACUGGAAUUUGUAAAAUAUAUUCUAAAGGAGGCAAGAGUGUUGAAGAAAGCAACAAUUCAUGUUCGUGAUGGAAAGUUAAAGGGAAGCAUUGUCAAGAAAAUAUCUAGGUUCCCAAGGUGCUCAAUGACAUGUCUUCUUACAGUCAAUUGAGGGCUUAGCUAUAGUAAGAUUCACUUCUUGGUGUAGAUGAGAUGAUAAAGGAGAAUCUCAAAGGUACAUCUCUCUUUUUCUUUUUUUUGGUAAAUAAAGUGUAUCUUCUUUUGUGCUCAUGCGUUAUUGUUUCUUGUAUUUAUUAAAUAGUUGCAACUCCUUUGUUUAUUAAUCAACUUCUGGAUUCUUGGUGGAAAUUUGAUGGUGAGCCAUGUUUAAUUUUUGAAUUCAUCUUUACAAAUGGUAUUAAGUAGUCACGAGGACCCAUUUUUGGGCUGUUUAAAUA